GAUUGAUUGCGCAUGCGCAGUCACGUUCCGCACUCGUCGGCUGUUGUGUUAUUGCCAGCGACUAGAACCGAGUGUACUCAACGUUCUCUGCCGGCUAAAACGACCACAAAAAGGCAGAAUAGAUCCAGAACCGAACUCACGGUGAUCCACCAUGGGUGCCGUUUCGAGCACCGAAGCCGAGAGGGAGCCGCUUCUCGCUCCGCCGCCAGUCAACGGCCGUGUGUACGGCCGAAGAUGGCUAGUCCUCAGCCUGUUCUCCCUGCUGGCCCUGAUGCAGGGAAUGGUGUGGAAUUUCUGGGGCCCCAUCCAGAACUCCGCCGCUCAUGCGUUCGGUUUCACCAAGUCCGACAUCGCGGUGCUGGUCCUGUGGGGUCCGGUAGGCUUCAUCCCGUGGUUGCUGUUCAUGUGGCUGAUGGAUAAAAGAGGUCUUCGGGCGUCCCUCCUGCUGUCGGCCUUCUUAAUGCUGCUGGGGGCGGUGCUGCGCAGCAUCCCGCUGACGGACCCGUCUCUCCGCCGCUGGUUCAUCCACGGCGGUCAGCUCCUCAAUGGUUUAGCCGGUCCCACCAUCAUGAGCGCUGGCCCCUUCCUAUCCACCACGUGGUUCGCCCCGGACCAGCGGGCCACCGCCACCGCCGUGGCCUCUCUCUUCCCCUACCUGGGCGGGGCCGCCUCCUACGUGGCGGGACCCCUGAUCGUGCCCGCCCCCAACGGCACCCAGCCGGCGGGCCACCGGGUGUCGGCGCCGCCGCCCGCUUUGGACGGCGCCAUCCGGGAGAAGAUCCAGCUGCUCAUGUAUGCAGAGCUGUCUGUCAUCGCUGUGCUGUUUGUGGCAGUGCUCUUGUAUUUCCCCUCGCGGCCGCCGCUUCCCCCCAGCGUGGCCGCCGCGAGCCAGCGGCUGAGCUACAGGAGCAGCAUCUGGAGACUGCUCAGUAACUUCCGCUUCCUGAUGAUCGCGCUGGCCUACGCCGUGCCCACCGGGGUGAUCGCCGGCUGGGCGGGCGUCCUUGACAUGAUCCUCACGCCGGCCAAAGUCAGCCAGGUGGAUGCGGGCUGGAUCGGCUUCUGGUCCACGGUUGGCGGCUGUGUCUUCGGGGUGGCCAUGGCCAGGUUUGCCGACUCCAUCCGCGGGAUGCUGAAGCUGAUCCUGGUUCUGAUGCUGGCCGGGGCCUCGCUGUCCUCCACCUGGUUCACGCUCACCUGCCUCAGCAGGGUCACGCACCUCCCCUCCAACGCAGCCAUCUUGUACACGUCGUGCAUCCUGGUGGGCAUCUUCAUCAACAGCAGCGUGCCCAUCUUCUUCGAGCUCUUCAUCGAGACGGUCUACCCGGUCCCCGAAGGCAUCACCUGCGGCGUGGUCACCUUCCUAGGCAACCUCUUCACCGGACUGCUCCUCUUCUUCCUCACCUUCUACUGUACAGAGUUGUCGUGGUUGAACUGGUGUCUGACGAGCUCGUGCAUCUUCAGCCUGGUGCUCAUCAUGUUCUUCCGCGAGUCGUACGACCGCCUCUACCUGGACGUCUUUGUCUCCGUUUGACGGGACAGACAAGACGCAAAACGCGGACCUUUAUGUUGCACAAAAGAAAAGGGACUUUUUAGUGACGUUUUUUUGGGUGAGAUUUGCCAGCAAGGACUCUUAAAAUCGACGUUUACCCUACACAAAAAGUGGCCAUUUUGUCUGACCGAGCUUCCCACAAAAUGGACGCUGCCACUAAGCUGCCUGACCACAAGCCAGCAGCAGCCAAACGAGACAAGAUAUUAUUUUGGGAUUUGUUUUAACUUGACUGUUUGGAGCUCCAGGAUUGGUUACUUGUCUUACCUUUAAAAAGGUUGUUGUGGUUUUUAGCUAACAAUGUUUUGUGGGUGUAUGCGCGUGCGUGUGUGACCGCAAAAGCGUGAUGAUUGUGUGGCCUCCAAGCAAGGCGGAAUAAAAGGGAGAAGUAAAGGAUUGAUCGAUCUUUAGACGUUACCUACCAACCUCGUUUUACAAAUUUCUUAUUUUGUGUUUAUUAUGUUUUGACAGACUUUUAAAAGGAACCUGCAGGGGGUCACCAACCUCAACGGGCGUGUCUCAAGGUCUUUCAAAGGCUAUUUACGUCACGUUUGUGCUAACAAUAGUUUAUUUUGUCGGUUUGUCCAAGCCAAAACGAGGCGACUCGGUGAUUGUGUAAGUUCCAAGUGAGUGGGAUAAAACAAAAAAGGGUUUCAUUCAAAAGCAUCCAAGGAAGGAUGUUUUGUUUGUUUGCACAAAGUGGGGAAAUGGGAAAAUUGUUGUUUGUUUAUCAUGUGCAGAAAUGUUUGUCCUUUGCCGUCGACAUACGUGUCCUUUGUCGUGUUCCCUUUGUGGCCUUCGGCUUGUACGUGUCCUGAAAACUCUCCAGCACCUUAUUUCCUUUUAUUAAAACUGUUUUAUGAAUAACAA